UGAGGAGGAGGAGGAGGACAUGAUGGAGCCACACUGAAAGAAGUAGAAGAAGUAGAAGAAGAAGCUCCAUUUUGCUGUGAAGAUGUUCCCGCCCUGCGAAGAGAGGCACUUAUGUGGAUGAUGGCCAGCAUGAAGUGACGCGGGGAUGUUUGUGUGGACUGGAUGACGCCUGCAUGCUUGGUGCAGGACAUCAUCUUGUCUCCUGACAAUUAAGUGUCUUCAUGGAGGAUCAUCUUGUCUCCUGACAAUUAAGUGUCUUCAUGGAGGAUCAUCUUGUCUCCUGACAAUUAAGUGUCUUCAUGGAGGAACCUGCAAUAACGGCGCCUGUCGACAAUAAACAAGCAAUCAUUCUCCUUCGAGCGACGCCAUGACACAAGACGAGGCGUCAAAGUUGAGGAGAAGAAGAAGACUGGACUGCUGGAUGAAAGAUGGACUGACUGUGUUGUGGACUUAGUUAAAGAUGGACGUUAACUUAGUUAAAGAUGGACGUUAACUUAGUUAAAGAUGGACGUUAACUUAGUUAAAGAUGGACGUUAACUUAGUUAAAGAUGGACCACUGUGUUGUGGACUUAGUUAAAGAUGUGACUGUGACUGUGUUGUGGACUUAGUUUGACGGCAAUACGAGGCAUAUUGAAGGCAGUCAUUGUAAGAUGGAGGCACCUCCAAGCUCCAAGAAGAGUCUCUCCCUGUCCCUGCCGGUGCCCCGCGAGGGUCAGGCCACCCUCAAGCCCCCGCAGCACCUGUGGAGGCAGCCCCGGACCCCCAUCAAGAUCAAGCACCGCGGCUACUCCGACACCGAGCGCCGCCAGCAGCAGCAGCGGCACAUGCAGCGCUCGGACGCCGUGGACAGCAGCGACCGGCCCGGCCUGAAGAAGUCGCGGAUGUCGUGGCCGUCCUCCUUCCACGGGACCACGCACACGUCCCUCGGGAAGUGUGCCGCCAAUAGACGCUUCGACUCAGAGAAUGGCCCCUCGCCAGGCCGCAGCCCCAUGGACUCGCAGGCGAGUCCCGGGGUGGUGCUGCACCCUUCCUUCCCCCAGAGCCAGCGCCGGGAGUCCUUCCUGUACCGCUCCGACUCCGACUACGACAUGUCCCCCAAGACCAUGUCACGCAACUCCUCCAUCAACAGUGAGGGGCACGCUGAGGACAUGAUCGUCACCCCUUUCGCUCAGGUGUUGGCCAGCCUCCGAACUGUAAGAAGCAACUUCACCAUCCUCGCCAACGUCACAAGUCCCACUAACAAGAGGUCACCAGUGACAAGUCAGCCGACUGUUCCUCAAGCUACCCUCUCUGAUGAGACGUACCAGCAGAUGGCUCGGGAGACUCUGGAGGAGCUGGACUGGUGUCUGGACCAGCUGGAGACCGUCCAGACCCACCGCUCCGUCAGCGACAUGGCCUCCAACAAGUUCAAGAGGAUGCUGAACAGAGAGCUGUCCCACUUGUCAGAGAUGAGUCGCUCAGGGAACCAGGUGUCAGAGUACAUCUCCACUACCUUUCUAGACAAGCAGAACGAGGUGGAGAUUCCGUCGCCGACGUUGAGGGAGCGAGAGAAGCCCAUGUGUCACAUCAGCGGGGUGCGGAAGCUCACGCACAGCUCCAGCCUUUCACACUCCACCUUGCCUCGCUUCGGCGUCAAGACGGAGCACGAGGACGCGCUAGCCAGAGAGCUCAAUGACUUGAACAAGUGGGGCCUUAAUAUAUUUCGUGUGGCAGAGUUCUCCAACAACCGACCCCUCAGCUGCACCAUGUUCGCCAUCUUCCAGGAGCGAGAUCUGCUGAAGACCUUUGGGAUCCCGGUGGAUACGUUCGUCACCUACGUGAUGACGCUGGAGGACCAUUACCAUGCCAACGUGGCCUACCACAACAGCCUGCACGCUGCAGAUGUCACUCAGUCCACACACGUGCUGCUGUCCACGCCCGCUCUCGAUGCCGUCUUCACAGAUCUGGAGAUUUUGGCUGCGUUGUUUGCUGCCGCCAUCCACGAUGUGGACCAUCCGGGAGUGUCCAACCAGUUCCUCAUCAACACCAACUCAGAACUCGCCCUGAUGUACAACGACGAGUCGGUGCUGGAGAACCACCACCUGGCUGUGGGCUUCAAGCUGCUCCACGAGGACAACUGUGACAUCUUCCAGAACCUCAGCAAGAGGCAGAGACAAAGCUUGAGGAAACUGGUCAUUGACCUGGUUCUGGCCACGGACAUGUCCAAACACAUGAGCCUGCUGGCAGACCUCAAGACCAUGGUUGAGACCAAGAAGGUGACCAGCUCGGGGGUUCUGCUGCUAGACCACUACACAGAUCGGAUACAGGUGCUGAGGAACAUGGUGCAUUGUGCAGACCUCAGCAACCCCACCAAGCCCCUGGCUGUCUACCGCCAGUGGACGGAGAGAAUCAUGGAGGAGUUCUUCAGGCAAGGAGACAAGGAGAGGGAGCGAGGGAUGGAGAUUAGUCCCAUGUGUGACAAGCACACCGCCUCUGUGGAGAAGAGUCAGGUGGGCUUCAUCGACUACAUCGUCCACCCUCUGUGGGAGACUUGGGGGGACCUGGUGCACCCCGACGCCCAGGACAUCUUGGACACCCUGGAGGACAACAGGGACUGGUACCAGAGCACCAUCCCGCAGAGCCCCUCGCCUCCCCCCGUGGGCCAGGACAAGGAUCUCAACGCCUGCACGGACAAGUUCCAGUUCCAGCUCACCCUGGAGGACCAGCAGGGGGACCGGGACCACGCCAAGGCCUGCCCCAACCACGUGGAGGAGGGCGACCGCAGCCAAGGCCAGGGAAGCAAGGAGGAGGAGGUCCUGGCGGAGGAGCAGGAGGACAUCAUAGAGGAGGAGGACGAAGAGGUGGCCAUGGAGGAGGAGGAGCAGGAGGAGGAGCUUAAAGGCGAGGACUCCAAAAAGGAGAGACUUUCUGACAGCAGUCCUGUAGAGGAGGAGGAGGAGGAGGAGGAGGAUUCUUCUUCACAAGCCGAAGACACAUGAGUGGAGAAGCAAGAUGACAGUACAGACCUUGAAAUGUUGAUCACACAGCAACUGUAGACGGUGUAGCAGGAAGUCAACAACACCCCAUGCAGUCAUGCAUGCGGUAUAUGCAGAAUGCUUGCAGUACCACCCUCCACCACCGCGGGCCGCUCUCCCCCUUCAAUCUUUGAGUGUGGCACCAUUGUUUUGUGUGGAAAAAGCCAUCUUUUAACGGAGCGCUCGCUCACUAUUAGUAAUCCACGCUCAGUAGGAACUCCGCAGGAAGGAAGCGAGACACUUUAUUCCAUUUGUUUUUUUUCCAUUUCUGUCGGAAAAAAGAAAAUGAGGGAGACGCGCGGACGCUGGCGGGGCCGUUGGGGUCCCCGUACCCCCUUUACGAGAUGACCCCGUACCCCCUUUACCAGAUGACCCCGUACCCCCUUUACCAGAUGACCCCGUACCCCCUUUACCAGAUGACCCCGUACCCCCUUUACCAGAUGACCCCAUACCCCCUUUACCAGAUGACCCUGUACCCCCUUUACCAGAUGACCCUGUACCCCCUUUACCAGAUGGCUCUGUGCCUUUUGUGACUCACCACGGUGAAGCAAUGCAUUGUGGGACUGGGGACUUUUGUCUAUACGUGUGUGGUGCCUUUUGUUUUCUCAUUUGUCAAGCUCUAGUGGUGUGUGUGUGUGUGUGUGUGUGUGUGUGUGUGUGUGUGUGUGUGUGUGUGUGUGUGUGUGUGUGUGUGUGUGUGUGUGUGUGUGUGUGUGUGUGUGUGUGUGUGUGUGUGUGUCGCUGUUUGAAGCUCUUUUAAGUCUUCCUUUGUUGCUCCUCUGCAGAGGUGUGGCCGCAGAGCAAUCACUAAUUAAGUCUUUUAUCGUAAUGGUGGGAUAUUUCUUUUGUGCAGAAUAAGCCAUGCGAUGCAUUGUGUUUGUUUGCCUACUAUCAGAGGAAUUAUUCAUAUUGAUGUUGAUAUUUAGCCAGCCCCAUGCAACCAUCACCAAAGUACACCAAGGGUGGGAGGAAGAACGUCAGGAAGUUGGUCCUAAUCUCACUAGUUUACAGUAUAAGGGGAUUCGUACGGCCCCCCCCAUUUGUCACGGUUUACCUGACACAUGAAACGUGACAAAUUGGAACUAUCCACUCCAAUCGGAAGCAUCCACUUUGGCCGCCAGACUACAGUGGAGUGUUGUAUACCUUAAAAUGGGUUUUGUGGUAAUUCCAAGUUUGACCCCAGCGUCAGUUGCUAUGUGGAGUGGCGCUAUCCAUCAUUUUUAGCAGACUGCAUUGUAAAAUGAUUAAACACCGCCCUUCCUCUCACACGAGAUCCACCCAGGAAUGUGGCCAUACGAAUCCCUUCCCGACUGUACGUCUUGUAAUGUUAGCAAAGUGGCGAUAAGCAGCAAAUAAUCAACAUAUAUAUAU